AUGGGUCGCUUCUCGCUGGAUUUUAAGAGAGUAACUUUGAUCGUUUCAGACGCACUGAAGCCUGAUGCUCCAGCGAGAAAGCGAGAAUCUUUAGGUGAAUUUCUACUAACAGGAGAUUCUGUCCUUUUGGAUCUAGGAAUACUUCUUGAUUCAGAAAGAAGAAAGUCGGAUACCAGUCCAGGCAUGUCACCUCUCAGAAUCUCUUUGGUCCAGGAUAUGAGGCAUAUCCAGAACAUUAGUGAGAUCAAAACAGAUGUUGGCAAAGCCAGAGCCUGGGUUCGUCUCUCUAUGGAAAAGAAGUUGCUCUCUAGGCAUCUAAAACAGCUGCUUUCAGAUCAUGAACUCACAAAAAAACUCUACAAGCGUUACGCAUUCCUCCGCUGUGAUGAUGAGAAAGAACAAUUCUUGUAUCAUCUCCUGUCAUUCAAUGCUGUUGAUUACUUUUGCUUUACCAAUGUUUUUACAACAAUCCUGAUACCGUAUCAUAUAUUGAUUGUUCCUAGCAAGAAACUUGGUGGCUCCAUGUUUACAGCCAAUCCUUGGAUAUGUAUCUCAGGAGAACUGGGUGAAACAGGAGUCUUGCAGAUUCCCAGGAAUAUAUUAGAAAUGACUUUUGAGUGCCAGAACUUGGGAAAACUGACCACAGUGCAAAUAGGACAUGAUAAUUCAGGGCUGUAUGCCAAGUGGCUAGUGGAGUAUGUUAUGGUCAGAAAUGAAAUAACAGGGCAUACUUACAAGUUUCCCUGCGGAAGGUGGCUUGGAAAGGGAAUGGAUGAUGGGAGCUUAGAGAGGGUCCUGGUGGGAGAGCUGCUGACAUCCAACACUGAGAUUGAUGAGCGGCAGUGUCGAACCCCUCCUUUGCAGCAGUCACCAAGCAUGAUCAGAAGAUUGGUCACUAUAUCACCAAACAAUAAGCCAAAGCUAAAUACUGGUCAGAUACAAGAAGCUAUUGGUGAAGCUGUCAAUGGCAUUGUUAAGCAUUUUCACAAGCCAGAGAAAGAGAGAGGCAGUCUGACACUCUUGCUGUGUGGAGAAAGUGGACUUGUUUCAGCUCUUGAGCAAGUAUUUCAACAUGGAUUUAAAUCACCCAGGCUCUUCAAAAACGUCUUUAUUUGGGACUUCUUAGAAAAAGCACAAACGUAUUAUGAGACCCUUGAACAGAAUGAAAUGGUCCCGGAAGAGAACUGGCAGACAAGGGCCAGGAAUUUCUGUCGCUUUAUCACUGCUAUCAACAACACUCCUAGAAACAUUGGGAAGGAUGGCAAGUUUCAGAUGCUGGUGUGUCUUGGAGCCAGAGACCAUCUUUUGCAUCAUUGGAUCGCCCUGCUCGCAGACUGCCCGAUCACAGCACAGAUGUAUGAAGACAUAGCACUGAUUAAAGAUCAUACUCUAGUGAAUUCUUUGAUUCGUGUGCUGCAGACCUUGCAGGAGUUCAACAUUACGCUGGAGGCGUCUCUUGUCAAAGGAAUUGAUAUUUGACCUCUUGUUCCACAAAAAACAACAAGAACUGUUCAAAACACCACCACCAACAACAAAAAAAAGCAACAAGGAGUGGAUCUAAUUAGUAUGCAAAAGUUCUGUCUGCCAGUACAUUGUAUCGUGAACUUGUUUCUGGUCCUAAAAUGCAAGUUGGACUUUUCUUGAAAGAAACUCCAAAAAUAGUACAGGCAAAUGGAUAGAAGCUGUAAACUCAAUGUAAAAAAGAGGAUUUUGGUAUAAAUCUAUUUUAGAGUUUAUUUGCUGAUUUGCUUUUUACACACUUUCAUGUGAAAGAGAUAGAGAUGAGUAUUGUGCAGCUUAUUUUAAAGCUGCAGUAUUUCCUUGCCAUAGAAAAGGUGCAGUGAGCCUUUCAGCAUUCUGUGAACUUGCCUUCAGAUAUGCUGUAUGUCAUAGAGCCCAAUGUAUACACUCCAUUUCUGCUGAGGAGGUCAUUCUAUAGUUUUUAAACUAAUAUUUUAUAUAUUAACAUUAUUACCAGUGUUUGAUUUUUAACGUGUUGGGUCACUGUUCUGCUGCAAGGGAACUACAAAUUCUCAUGUGUGCUUUUUAAUAGCUCUAAAGCACUGACUUGUCAACAGAUCACAUUUUCCUUUAUUUUUGUUAUCAGUAUUAUUUUUAGAGAAUUCCAGGAGACUGAACCAUGAAAUGUGCAGAGAUUGAAGUAAUAUUUUUCAUACUGGUACACAAUUGCACAGAAGAAGUUUAGCGUGUUUUUAACUGAUGUUUUUUAUUUAUUUAACCUAUUGUUGUGUUGUAAGUUUGUCUUAAAAAAAUAUAUAUAUAUCUAUGAUACAACUGGUUUUAUUAUGUUGCAAUUCAGAAUUUACAGUGCAGCCCACUUAAAUAAAAACCUGGAAUACGUGUUUAUGGUGCAAAAAAUCUUUCCACUUGAACCAGCCUUUUGAAGUUUGGUAUGUAGUUGCUGCUGGUAAUUCUCUUAACUGCUAAUAAAGAGGGACGUGAGUUUCAUGAAGGCUAGAUGAUUAAAGAAAGAUGCUCAUAGCCCUGCAAAAUAAUAACCACGAUCCUUUUAAGAAAUCAAGAUGUACUAAUUCGUCUAAAAAGACAGAGUAGUAUGUUCUUUCUUUCUCUGUAGUAUGGAUGUGUCUUGUCACCUCAGCUUCAUUUGGGAUGCUUUUGUUUUUAGCAGAAAGACUUAGUCCAAUUCUGUGAUAAAAAAAACAUUUUGAAGGUUUAAUUUAUUGAAGAGCUGGAAAUUGGCAAUGCCUAAAGGCAGCGCUGUUCAUUUGAAUCCUCUGAUAAAAAUCUCUUUGAAGUGAGUAUGUGAAUUAACAGGCUGAUUUAUCAGCACCACAAAUUACUGCACAGAAAUUCAGGGCUAUGUAUUUAAGAGGUCUCCACUGUAUAAACUCCUUUCAGUAUUGUCUUUUUCUGGAGAAGCAGAGUCCAAGUUUUUUGGAUCAUACAUUGUUGUAGUAGCUUUUCUUUACCUUCAGAUUAGUGACAUCUUGUCUUAGUUUUAUUUCCAUAAUUUAUAAGCAUAGCAGAUAUAUUAAAUGUUUGAGUAUUUUUA